GCCCCGUUUUUAUUUACAUUCGCACGCAGCCUGUUGGAAACUAACAAUUUACCGACAGUGUAGGAAACAAUAAAACGCAUUAAUCGACAUCUGCUCAGGCUCAAUUUACAUAUAAUAACUCGAUUAUCAUACAGCAUAUUUAAAAUAUGUAAUAGUUUAUAUACAUGUAGUUAUAAUAAAUGACCCGCAGAGGAUUUAAAGGGAUGGCAGCCGUGCAGAGAGCGAACACGUGGGAGAUAUCAGACUCAGAGGAAGAGAGUGAUGAAAAUAAACCAUCAUCAUCAUCAUCAUCAUGUGUAAUACUCGAUCAGGACACAUGUACGAAUGAAUCAAACCCUUCAGCCGCAUCCAGGAGCACUUCCGGGCGGCCAGAAGACAGCAGCAUCAGCGCGGCUGGAGAGAAGAGGAGGAGGAGGACACGAGAGGAGGUGCAGGAGGUCAGAAGAGCUGCCUCAGAGACACGGAGACAGCUCAAAGAGGAGAAACUACAAGAGCAGCAGAGGAGGAAAGAGGCAGCGGUGAGAGUGAGCCUGUUAAAACCGGAGAACUUCAUCAAGAGUCUGACGCUUCAGAUUCACGCAGCGCUGUUGCGGGACGCAGGCUGUGAUGUGUUACUCGGGACUGUAGAUGGGUUGCAGUGGAGGAACCGUAUAGAGAAUCAAGGUCUUCCUAACAGCAUCAGCUGGACACGACAAGCCCUUCAGACUGAAGAUGAAGCUAAAAAUGGAGUUAUUGAAGAAGAUCAGGUCCUGAUGGUGAUCUCCCAUAAUGAGUUUGAGGACAUGGUUAUGUCACAUAAAACUGUGACCAAUCAGUCGGCUCCCAUUGGUGAUGUGUACGAGGAGGCGGAGUCUCUGUUGCAGCAUCUCUAUAAAUACUUGAACAAAACUUCGAGGAAAUUUGUCACAAUUCUAGUGAUCAGUCAUCAGCAACGAUCAGGAUCUGGGGAUGAAGAUGAUUUUGACUUCCACCUCAAUCAGCAUCAUCUGGACACAGAAGGGCUGCUGGUUCACCUCCAGCUCUACUGGAAUGUGUCGGUGAACUUCCUGUUCGGCUGGCAGGAAGUGACCGAUCAUGUGGUUGCAGUUACCAAAGCUUUAUCCAAGAGACCUUACAAGGCGUUGUGUGGUGACCCUGAUCUGGGGUUCUGCAUGGACGGCUCGUGGUCGGCAGGUGUGCGAGUGGACAGAGACGGCCGUGGUCUCGCUCAGGUGUGGACACGUCAGAUCCAGCAGCUGUACCGCGUCAGUACAGCUCUGGCCAAAGCCGUGACGAGCGUCUACCCCUCUCCUUCCCUCCUGCUGCAGGCCUAUGAGGAGCUGCCGUCUGAGGAGGAGCGACGCAGACUAUUGGCUGAUCUCGCUGUGGUGGGCGGAGCCAAAGAGAGGCGUGUUGGUCCUGAGCUCGCUGGCCGUAUAUAUCGCCUUCUCACUUCCCAGAAUCCUCAUCUCCUGCUGGAUUAAGGGCAGAUUUGUGGGAGUGAAAAACUAAUUUUGCACUUUAUCGCCAGUAUAGAAGACUAACCUUCUUCUAUAAGUUUGUGCCUCAAAUUAUUGCAUUCAUUCUCCAUUAUGAAUUUAUUAAUGGAUAUACCAUCAAUACUUGAAAAUUAAACACUA